UAAAUAGAAUGGUACCCAGGCUACCCCUUUUACCCCGUCUCACCCUUUCUUCACGGUCAUGCGCAAUCAGAAGGAAGUACUGUUAGCGGGGGCAAUCGCAAUCUCUCGCGUUUCCGGGGGAGUUCCAGUCAUUCCAAGGCAUCUUUCUCGUCGUUCAUUUCAGCUAUCAGUCCAGCUAAGUUUAACAAACAGAUACCUCGGGAAGAAGUCCGGCGUGAGAAGAACAUUUGGUGGUUUACUUCGCUACCUUACAGGACCAAGCAAGGACGAGACAGUGAAUGGAAAAUGGAGUGUAUUCCACUUUCUGUUGAUGAUGUGGAUUGUAAAAAGGAGCCACUUCUAGAAGACUCGGAUUAUAAUGUCUACACCAGGUUUAUGAAGUCUCAUCGGUGCUAUGACUUGGUGCCUACCAGCUCCAAGUUGGUGGUGUUCGAUACUUCACUGCAGGUAAAGAAGGCAUUUUUCGCUCUGGUGUCCAAUGGGGUGAGAGCAGCACCACUCUGGGACUGUAAGAAGCAGUGCUUUGUAGGCAUGCUGACCAUCACAGACUUCAUCAACAUCCUCCAUCGCUACUACAAGUCUCCUUUGGUGCAGAUAUAUGAGCUGGAGGAGCACAAGAUAGAGACGUGGAGAGAAGUCUACCUUCAAGACUCCUUCAAGCCCUUAGUCAGCAUAUCCCCCAAUGAAAGUCUGUAUGACGCCGUGUCGUCUCUGCUGAAGAAUAAGAUCCACAGACUGCCUGUGAUCGACCCUCUGACAGGGAACACCCUCUACAUCCUCACUCACAAGAGGAUCCUCAAGUUCCUCAAGCUCUUUAUAUCGGAGAUGCCGAAACCUGCUUUCUUAGGCCAGACUCUAGAGGAACUGGGCAUUGGAACAUUCCAUAAGAUUGCAGUGGUGCGUUCUGACACACCUCUUUACACAGCACUGGGCAUCUUCGUGGAGCAGAGAGUGUCUGCCCUGCCUGUCGUCGAUGACAAUGGACGAGUGGUGGACAUUUACUCCAAAUUUGAUGUCAUUAACCUAGCUGCAGAGAAGACAUACAACAACCUGGAUGUGACUGUGACCAAAGCACUGCAGCACCGCUCUCAGUAUUUUGAGGGAGUGCUCACCUGCAACACACACGACACACUGGAGUCCAUCAUCAACAGACUGGUAGAGGCAGAGGUGCACAGGCUGGUGGUGGUUGAUGAGCAGGAGGUGGUGAAGGGUAUCGUCUCUCUCUCAGACAUCCUCCAGGCACUGGUGCUCACUAAUGGAGAUGGAGACAAGGGAACUGCUUAAGGGAGUGAUGAAGGGAAGCCUCCAAAAAGAUGAGGAUAAAUAGAGAGGAGGAUGAUCCUGGAGGAGUGGAAGAAAUUGGAUUGACGUGGGAGAGGGAAAGAUAGGAAUCUGUCAACAUAACCCCUCCUGUACAAAUGUACGUCUUGAACACGAGGAUCUCUCUCUGCACAAAAAUGUGAAUCCCAUUGACUCUCAAUUCAGCAAUAUAGACACAUACUGUACCAAGGGACACUUUAAACCAAGCCAAAACCAAACAAGAAGCCGGACCAGAAGUGGCCAAUGGAGUGGAGCUAUAUGUGUAUUGUCCACUCUGAGUGGCCCAACACAACCUAGUGUCCCUCUAUUGGUGCAGGUGAUGGACCGAUUCAGUACAGGAAUGAUGUCUAGUUAUGUGAAGGGUAUCAAUUAUCCACUUUUCAGACAGAUCCAUUCCCUAUCCGUUCUCUCCCAUUUGGUCUGUAGACACUGGAGAGAGGAGUCGGUAACUUUCCACCCUGGCCCUUAACUGAGCAGCAUUCCUUUUCCCCCAUCAUCCUAUAGGGCUGGAGUCUAUAAAGCACAACUAGCCAAUCAUGGAGCAAAAGAUCAUGUAUGUCACAGUGGAUAUAUAUAUAUUUUAGUACUGGAAGCUACCACAGCAACUCUGCUGUUUUGGUUACAGUAGGUGAAGUCUGGAAUGUCCGAGUUGGCACUGCUGUAGAUGUAAUUAAUUUUAUUUCUAAUAUAUCGAUGCACAUACAACUGACUUAUGUAAUCACGAGUUGUUUCUGAUUUGCUAUUUGGCAUAGCGUACAUUUCACAAUGUUUUCUUAUUUCCUCUUCAGUUUGUAAAGUGUCAUGUGAAUUGGAGUGUUAUGGUUUUGCUCAGUGUGUCCUUGUUUGAUUUGACACUCACAUUGUCUGACCCAGAAGACUGGAGACAUUUUUAUGGCAGUAACACGAGUCUGUGCUUUUAGGGUUUGCUUAGCGGUGUUCCUCAAAAUCCUUCUAGCGCUAGAUGAGAUUAUUUUGCCUUUAAGUUUUACUCAAGAUUUCUUUCUAGAAAGUUUAACAACAUGCAGUGUGAGUGUGUGGAUUGAUCAUGAUGGAUUCAGUCACUUUCGCUUGUGAACAAUUGCCUGUCUUCUGAUUGGAUGUAUCCGAGUGCUUCUGAGAUAUUCAUCCUGAUUGUGUUGGGGGUAAUUCGGUGAAGCAGUUGACAUUUUGGACAGUCCCUUUAUUCCAUUUUAGCCUUUCAUUACUACCCGUACUUUCCUUUUCACGUUCUCAGAGGGCAAACCAUGUAUGAAAGGGACUUUCUUGGGCCAUUGACUCAGUACAUUUAACUUUUCAAAAUGGACUUUUGCUCACUGGUUUUAAGGUAUGAAUAAGAUGUGUACAAGUAUGUAAAUAUUUUUUUUUCUUCCUAAUGUGAAUUGUAAUUAAAUGCAUGAGCAAUAAAUUGUUUUUCUGCA